AUGGCAGCCAUGAAGAGCAUCCUGGAUCCAACACGUUCUGCUCUGGUUGUUCAGCGACGCCACAGAAACACUUUUGUGUCUUUUCUGGCGCAGGUUGUGAACAGAGCAGGUGCAGACAGUGACACAGAAGCUGAGGGAGGCCUGUCCGUCUCAGAACUGCUGGGCAGAGCCAACAGAAACCUCAACCCCAUCCAAGAUGGCUUCCAGCUGCGAGGCGACAUCGCUGUUCCCAACCACAGGAACGCUGACCCCUGCACUCAGACUGGCUGCAUGUGGCCUAAAGCCUGUGAUGGCAACGUCUACAUUCCCUACCUCAUUGAUAGCGUCUACAAUACUCUGCAGGUCAGUAUCAUCACAAGUGGCCUCAACUCCUUCUCCAACUCCACCUGCAUUCGUUUCAUCCCCUACACGAACCAGACAGACUACGUCUACAUACACCCUCUUGAAGGAUGCUACUCCUUUGUGGGUCGUACUGGAGGUGAACAGUCCGUGUCACUAAGCUUUCUAGGAUGUGUUGACUUUGGAGUUACCCAACAUGAGCUCCUCCACGUUCUGGGCUUUGACCAUGAGCACUGUCGCUCCGACCGGGACCAGCACGUCCAGAUCCUGCUGCAGAACGUCAUCUCUGGUGAAGAAUCAAACUUCUACAAGAUCAACACUCUGAACCUGGGAACUCCUUAUGACUACAACUCUGUGAUGCACUACAACAGACUGGCUUUCUCCAAAGACUUUGUUAAUCCCACUAUUGUGGCUAUUCCCAACCCCAACACUGUGUUUGGCACAGCCACACAGAUGAGCCAGAACGACAUCAACCGCAUCAACCUGCUGUACUGCUCCAAGUAGCUACGUUGAGCUCCCUUUGAUCUGACCACGUUUCAAGUAUCUUAACUGUUUAUUCUGUUAAGGAAAUGUACUUCAAUAAGUACUAACUGAACUUAAUAAACAGCUAUUGGCAUCUAACUGUUGUUUGAUUGUUCCAUUUAUAUUUGCAUAUAUAUAAAUUUAUAACUAUAGGUUGUAAAUGAACAAUUUUAUCAUUUGUGUUGGUUUACUCGUCCUACACCCGUGUGUAGAGAUGUCCACUGCGAGACCUACUCAACACAGACUGGACCGGA